AUCCUCAUUUUGACUUCCUCCUCCAUCUUUACUCUCUCUCUCUCUACCAACCAACAACCCUAACCCUAAUCCGGCGAAAUGUCUCACCUUGACGAUCUCCCUUCCACUCCCGGCAAGUACAAAACCGAUAAAGCCCUCCUCCCCUACGGGAUCCUCCACAACCACCGUUACCUCCGCCUCUCGAAACCCACCCUCUGGGCCUCCCUCUUCCUCGCCCUCUUCCUCUUCUACCUCCUCUUAUCCCCUCCCCCAAACCCCUCUCGCCGCAGCCUCAACGACUCAUCAUCCUCCCCCCUCCUCUCCGCCGCUAAAUACGGCGGCUCUCAGUGGGAGAAACAGGUCCGCAAAUCCGCCCAUCCUCGCUCCCGCGGCGGUUUAACCGUUCUCGUCACCGGAGCCGCCGGAUUCGUCGGAACCCACGUCUCGAUCGCGCUCCGGAGACGCGGCGACGGGGUUCUCGGCCUCGACAACUUCAACCGCUACUACGAUCCGAAGCUGAAGCGGGCGAGGCAAGCCCUUCUGGAGAGAUCGGGAGUCUUCGUAGUCGAAGGAGACAUAAACGACGCCCUUUUGCUUAAAAAGCUCUACGACGUCGUUCUCUUCACGCACGUGAUGCAUCUCGCCGCACAGGCCGGUGUCCGUUACGCGAUGCAGAACCCCGGAUCGUAUGUGAACAGCAACAUCGCUGGGUUCGUGAAUCUUCUCGAAGUCUCCAAGUCCGCGAAUCCUCAGCCCGCGGUUGUCUGGGCUUCGUCUAGCUCUGUCUACGGUCUCAACACGAAAGUUCCCUUCUCGGAAAGGGACCGUACGGACCACCCCGCGAGCUUAUACGCAGCGACGAAGAAAGCAGGCGAAGGGAUAGCUCAUACUUACAACCAUAUCUACGGUUUAUCGUUAACCGGUUUGAGGUUUUUCACGGUUUACGGACCUUGGGGGAGACCGGACAUGGCUUACUUCUUCUUUACUAAAGAUAUACUCAGAGGGAAGACGAUUACGGUGUUCGAGUCUCCUGAUAAAGGUAGUGUCGCUAGGGACUUCACUUACAUUGAUGAUAUAGUGAAAGGGUGUUUAGGUGCGUUGGAUACUGCGGAGAAGAGUACUGGUAGUGGUGGGAAGAAGAGAGGUCCUGCUAUGUUUAGGAUUUACAAUCUGGGGAAUACUUCGCCUGUUCCCGUUACUAAGCUUGUGAAGAUAUUGGAGAAGCUGUUGAAGAUGAAGGCUAAGAAAAAGGUGAUGCCUUUGCCGAGGAAUGGGGAUGUUGAGUUCACUCAUGCCAAUAUCACCUUGGCCCAAACCGAGAUUGGGUAUAAACCUGCGGUUGAUCUCGAGACGGGUUUGAAGAAGUUUGUGAAAUGGUAUAUGGGGUUUUACUCUGGCUCCAAGAAGAAGACUUCUUGGUGAGAUAUCUCUCUCCACUCAAGUCGUGGUCUUUUGUUUUCCUCUCUUGAUCGAGCACUUGCAUCGCUGAGGAAGAUUGUGGCUCUACUUUUAAUGGACACAUAUUUUGGUUAUCUCAACAUAAAAAGCUACCUACGUUUCUGCAUUGUUUCUGUGUUUGGUAGAUUGUUCUUCAAUUUGUUUGCUAGUAGAUUUUGAGCAAUGUACAGCUUCAGGGACUUAGGUGUGUGUUUGGAAACUCAAUAUCGGACGAAUAAUAUCAGCUUGAGAGUUUGAUGCA